GGAAAUAAAAUGGAAGAGAGAGAAAAGAAAAAAGAAAGGAUGGGGAUGCAUUUCCUGACGGAGCAGCUAGAAGGCUCGUUAGUAAGAUUACCUCGUAGACCUCUGGCUCCAGAAACCGAGAUAUUCACUGUUAAGCCGGAUCUGCACUUGACGAACGAGCGUAAACGAAUAAAGCGAGCACAAACGAGCGCGAGUGAACAUAAACAAAAACGUGCGAGCUCGAACGAAUGUGUAGGAAUAAUCAAAAUCCGUUUCGCUUCUGUUUAUUGUCCUUCGAUUCCAGAUGGCUUUGUUAUCGUUGAACGAAGAACUACGGGCACUAAAUAUUCAAUCAUCUUGUCCAUACCAUAUAAGUACGAACGAAUAUUUUUCUACAUUAUUGAAUCGUACUGCACUAAUCAUGAAACGCGUGACAGCCAUGCGAUGCAACGGUCUCGCGUGAUGCGCAGAACGGUGCGCAAAAAUCUUGCCACUACGCAGAUCACUAGAUAUACGUAUACUACGUUCCGUCGACACACGUUUGGGUUAGUAGCUGUGAGUCAGAGACACUACGUUGUCGAUUCACCAGAAUAGGGAAAACCAAAAAAAGAAAAAAAGAAGAAAAAUGGGUUCAACAUAAUCCACGAGGAAAGAUUUCACGAAGGAGUCGAUCGAAGAAGAGGAAAAUGCGUAUCAUGUUCGUCAUUUGACCAGGACCAUCAAUCAGCAAUACAAUUUCAGUACAAAGACAAAAAGAAAAGAAAAUCUAAAAACGAACGAAAAAAAUAAUCGAAAAAUUCGCGAAGACAAAUAAAAAAAAAAAAAAAUUAAAAAAAGAAAUAAAAACGGAAAAAUCACUUCCGAGGAAAGUACAAUAAAGAGAAAACGAAAGAGGGAUAAUAAGAAACAAAGACAAAGCGAGGACAAUCUAAAACAAAGUUACCUAAUUAAUUAAAUCAACGUACAUUGAUUAAUAGAUCGAAUCGAUUAUACGUAUUUCUAU